CAGUUAUUCAGACACACCCAGCUGUACACCAAGACUUUAACAGCCUAAGCAGCGCAUCUGUGGCUUAGACAUCGUGUAGUAACCACUGUGGCUGUUCUUCCUGCAGAAGAAAUCGUCUGACUGCUAGAUACGGUUUGGCUUGUUUGAGAGUCACUUAUUCUCCUGAUUUUUUGGUUUCCUGAACAAGCAUCAAACUCGCAGAUCACUGAGCAGUACCCACAUCCUCUCUUCUGAGAUCUGAGGUAUAUGGACACAAUCAUCAUGGCUCACAGGAUUAACAAAGCAUCAUCAGCUGAUUUAAUCAAGAAAGGUGUCAUGCUCAGUCCAGGCCCACCACCGCUGUACCGUCUUUACACAACAAGAAUUAAUCUAGACAAGGAUGGCAAGAUCAGAAAGUGGACCUUUGGACAGAAAUGUGCCAACAUGCAAAACAAAACAAUACUGAUGGUGGGAGAAACUGGAACAGGCAAGACCACUCUGAUCAACACCAUGGCCAAUAACUUUCUGGGGGUGAAGUUUGAGGAUAAAGUGUGGUUCGAGAUCACAGAAGAAGAAAGGAGAGACCAAACAGAAUCUCAAACAUCAGAAAUCACUGCUUACGAGAUCUUUUCUGAGGAGAAACUCUCCUCUCUCACCAUCAUUGACACUCCAGGUUAUGGAGACACCAGGGGGAUAGAUAAGGACAUGGAAAUCGCUCGAAACUUACAUCAAUUAUUUCUACAUGAGACUGGAGUGAAGGAUCUUGACGCCGUGUGUCUUGUCCUGAAAGCAUCUCAGAACAGGAUCUCAGAGUUUCAGCGCUACAUUUUCGAAGCAGUUCUGUCCUUAUUUGGUAAAGACAUAGAGGACAUUAUAGUGCUGUUUAUUACACACUCCGACGGAGGACCACCAACAAACGUUCUGGAAGCCAUCAAGAAGGAAAAGAUCCCCUGCUGUCACGAUGAAGAGAACGAACCUGUUCAUUUCCUGUUCAACAAUCGUCAGUCUGAGAAACAGACAAAAAAAUAUGACUACGUUUACAGAUCUUCCUGGGAAAUGGCGACAGGUAGUAUUGCGGAAUUUUUCGGAUUCCUAAAAUCGCGACAGAGAAAAAGCUUAAGUAUGACUGUGAGUGUUCUAGAGGAGCGCAUGCAGCUGAAGGCCUGCGUCGAGAACCUGAAGGAACGCAUCAAAUACAGCGAAGCAAAACGGACAGAACUGACUUACGUUCAACAAGCUUUGAAACAGAACAAAGAAAAGAUUGAGAAAGACAAAAAGUUUACGUUCAAUGUCAAGAUAGCUUACAAAGAGAAGGUCGACAUAUCAGGUGCUUCAUGGCAGGACCGAAAGGUGACCUCCUGCAAAGAAUGUGAGGAGAACUGCCACGAGUUUGGCUGCUGGCUUGCUGGAAGUCCCCGUUUGUGCAAAGUUAUGAAAGAAGGUCACUGCAUUGUGUGUAACUGCCACUACUCCACGCACGUCAGAGAGGGCAAGAAAUAUGUGACAAAGCAGAGAGAGGAAAGAGUCACAUUUGAAGAACUGAAACAGAAAUAUAGCACUACAGCUGAAGAAAAGGCCACUUACAAUGAAAGUGCAUUGAAAUGCGUAGAAACAGAGCAUGAAAAGUCACUGAGAAUUAAAGAAAUGAUGACAAGCCUAGAAAUCUGCCUGAGAACGCACGUGGCCAGGAAUGAGAAAGAGAAGAGGAGCUUGGUGAACAAUGCAUAUGUGGCGAUCGUAAAACUGUCAGAGAUCGCGUUAAAGCCAGACUCUGCCUUUACCAUUCAGUAUCUCGACUUCCUGAUUCCCCGAGUUGAGGAAAUUGGAACAGCAGGGUGGGCUGAGAAACUGAAGGACAUGCAGAAAGCUGCAGACAAAGAAUCAACCAAAUCUGCAGUGGGGUAUUUAAGUCGGAUUAAUAUGGACACACAGAAAGCUGCAGCUGAAUUUGCUCACUCUGUAGUGGGGUAUAUAAAUAAGAUAAGUAAGGACAUGCAGAAAACUACAGACAGAGAAUCAGCACACUCUGCAGUGGGGCCUGUUAGUAGGAUGAAUAAGGACAUGCAGAAAACUACAGACAGAGAAUCUGCACACUCUGCAGUGGGGCCUGUUAGUAGGAUGAAUAAGGACAUGCAGAAACUUGCAGUCAAAGAUUCAAGUAACUCUGCAGGGGGGUCUGUAAGGAGGAUGAAUAAUGACAUACAGAAAGCUACAGACAAACAAUCAACCCACGCUGCAGUGCGGUCUGGAAAGAAGAUGAAUACUGACAUACAGAAAGCUACAGACAAACAGUCAAUCCAUUCUGCAGUGGGUUGUUCAAGUAGGACGAACAAGGACACACAGAAAACUGCAAACAAAGAAUCAUCUCAUUCUCCGGUGGGGCAUGUAAAGAUGAUGAAGGAUUUCUUUAGUGCAAAGUAACAGGACCGGACUUUAACACUGUACAAGUAACGGCACCAAGAGUACAUAUUCAGAAAAAAAGCAUCUGCAUUCAGUCCAUGAUUCAUUUUGAAAUUCAGUUACUUUUUCACUCUCAGAAAUAAAGGUAUGAAACUGUCACUGGGGCAUU